AUGUCUUCAUCAUCUCCUUCGCUUACAUGUUUGCCUGCAGUGGCUGUCUCAAAAGAAGAAGGCUUGAUUGCUUUCAGUGUUGGAUCAAAUAUUCAUAUCUUUGAUAAGAGCCUUCAAAAGGAAUUGUUGAAUCAUAAAUUGGAAAAGGCAAAUGUGAAGUCAUUGUUAUUUGAAGGAAAAUACUUUAUCGUAGCAUCAAGUGAAGACAAAUCAGUGCUUGUGUUCUUGUUGAACGAUACCAAUACGCAAUUGAAGUGUGUCGGAAAAAUUGAAUUAGUUAAAAAACCUAGUUGUUUGGCUGUUCAUCCAGUUACUAAAGAAUUGUGGAUAGGAGAUAAAUUCGGAGAUGUUUACGCUGUUAAUUUAUUGUCAGAAUUUGAUGCCAACUGUGCUUCUCCCAAGCUCAUCAAAAAACCUGCUCCUAAAAUGGGACACCUUGCCAUGUUGACAGGAUUAAUUCUAAAUGAGAAAUAUAUUAUUACUAGCGACAGAGACGAAAAAAUUAGAAUUACUAAUUAUCCUGAAUAUUUCUUGGUUCAUAACUUUUGUUUGGGACACACUGAAAUGGUCUCAUGCAUUUCAUUAGCAGAUGAUGACUUGUUGGUUAGCGCCAGUACUGAUAGCACUCUCAAAGUUUGGAAAUAUUUACUUGACUCUGAUGAUGCCCUUAAGUAUAGUUAUGAUUGUGGUGAAAAUAAUUAUCCAAACGUUUUGCAAUGUGUGACGAUUGGUAGUACUAAGCUUGUUUUUGUCUUGUAUGAGCAAGCUGACUACAUUCAAGUUUUGCAACUCGACACUGAAACUUGUGAAUUAGUGCCAAAAAUCACCAUUCCCAUGGGCAGUGAAAUUUUGAAUUUCCUUGUUUAUCAAGUUGAUAACAAGACACAAAUCACUUUAUUGACAGCUUCCUCUCCAAAUGUGCAUGUUGCAGAUCUUAGUGUAAAGCAAUCUGGUGACUUGAGCGUCAAUGCUGUGCCAUCUCAUGCUAUAACUAUUGAAUCUUUUCAAAAAGAAGAUUUUGUUUCAGAUAGUAUCUAUUCAAGCUUGAUAAGAAAGAUGGAUGCAAAGAAGAGUGAAAAUGAAGGAGAAGACAAGCAACCAAAGAAAAAGAAGAACAAAAAGUAA